CACUCAUCACACUCAGUCGCUCACUCCCCCAGUAGGACUAUCUCAUUCUCUCUAGCUUGCUUUGGAUUUUUGACAUUGUAGCACCGAAAAUGAAAGCAUCAUAUGUAGCAAUGGCAUUGUGCACCAUGGUUGUGGUGAUGCUGGCCACAGCAGAGGUGUCCACGGCAGCUGUUACUUGCAGCCCUAUACAGCUGAGCUCCUGUGCAAGUGCAAUAAGCUCUAACACUCCACCAUCAAAUAUAUGCUGUACCAAACUCAAGGAGCAGAAGCCUUGUCUCUGCCAGUACCUCAAGAACCCCAACCUCAAGAAAUUUGUUAACACCCCAAAUGCUCGGAAAGUUGCUAGGACUUGUGGCACUCCCUUUCCCAGGUGCAGCUAGAGGCCUAGAGCUUCAGAUAUAAUCUAUCUAUGUGUCAUCGAUAAUGCUCGAUCUAUAGGCCCAGUUAUGUGUUGUGCCACUUAAUCUAGCUAUUAGUUCCGUCUUAUGGAAAAUAAAAUUGUUCUAGCUUGUUGGAUGUUGGCAUUAUCAGUCUCUUUGUUGUUCUUCUACUUGGGAUCAUGACUCGUGGGUAGUAUGUAUGCUAUUGUUGUAAUUUGUAAAAUGCAAUAUAAUCGAAAUCAAGGGUAUUCUUGGA